AUGAGCGGAUCGCUAUCAGCGCCGGUGCUCGUUCUUGCGCUAAUCGGCGCGCUUGCCGUGUUCACCGAGGUCGUGUCGCUCGUGCGCGUCGGCGUAUCGCCGUCCUACGUGUCGUUCUCGUCCGCCGUGGCCGCCGUUCACGGACGCGAUGCCGCGUGGACGGAGCGCGGUACGGCUCCGGGAGACGCGGAGAACGACCUGGAAGGAACGGCGUGGCCUGCGGAUGCUCCCAACACAGAAGCAGCAACCGAAGCAGCAACCGAAACAGCAGAAGUAGCAGCAGGAGGAGGAGGGGAACCCGGAGGAGGGGAAGGGAGCUCGGGUGUUGACUCCCUUCCGCCGCUCUCUCUGCUGCCUCCAGAGUCACGAGCAGGACUAAUGUUCGAUGCUCUUCUGAGAGCGCAGUUCCGAGUGCAGCAGGCGUGGGCAGCAGGCGAGCUACUGGGCCCAACAGUGCGGUGGUUCCGCAAGGGCGUGGUGGAAAGCAUGUCAGCAGAGGCGCUGUGGCUGCCUGCUGACGUCAUUGCUGCUGCUGCUGCUGACGCUGCUAUUGGCGCUGCUGAUCCCGACGCUGCUGCCAAGGCUGCUGAAGAGGCGGCGGCAGCAGCGGCGGCGGCGGCGAAAGAAACGAGGAGAGGGUUGGAUCCAUUGAAACGGGUGUUCCUGAGACUGCUAGCUCUCACAGCGGAGUGGCAGGUGCGGGCCAACCAGGGGCACGCGGAGACUGGGAAGCAUGCCCCGUUUGGCCUCCAUAUAGUCACACUGGGGGGGUCAAUAACGAGGGGAUUCAGCAGCAGAAGCACACAAGUGCGCCACCCCUGGCCGGACCUCCUCCUGCCCUUCUCGGUCACGGCCUUCCCUCACCUCCGCAACUUUGUCACCAACUCUGCUGUGCGUGCCUGUGGGGCCAUCUGCCCCGCCCUCAGCCUCCCAUCCUUCCUGGGAGAUUCCCCAGGCAUAGUAGUAACCGAGUUCAACAUAAAUGUCGGUGAGGCCUGGGACUCCACGCUCCUGCUGCGCCAGCUGGCAGCGUGGCCCUCCCACCCGGCUCUCCUCAACCUCAACCUCUUCGGCUGCGCCUCCACCUUCUCCCACCACAGCGGCCCCGCCAGAGGCUCCGCCUCCUGCGACCCCAUCCCCACGCCCUCCUCCUCUGACUAUGCUGCGGCCGCUGCUGCUGCCGCUGGCGUGCCCACACUCAGUAUGGCCCGCGCGCUCACUCCGUUCUGGCGCCCCGCGUCCGUUCCCCGAUGUAGCAAUCUGGAAGGGAGCUAUGGGAAUGCUUCUGCUGGUACUGCUGUUAGUGGUGGUGGUGCGGUUGGUGGUGUGGGGAGUGGGAUAGGAGGAGGUGGAGUGCGGUCGGCUUGGGUGCGGCUGGUUGCAGGGGCGUGUGAGAGGGAGUGCACGCUUCCCAAGGACAGGUGCCCCCCGUCAGGAGGCAAGCCAUUCUCCCUUCCCUGCACUGCCUGUGUGCACGCGUGCUACGCCCGGGAGGGGUGGGGGGCGGUGGGAUUCGGUGGGGAUGGUGGAGAGGCGGUAGGAGGAGGGGAAGGAGUGGUGGAAGAACAGCUGGCGAGUCUGGGAGUGAACCGGCUGAUAGGAUGCUCAGGUCAUGAGCUAGGCUCUCUCUACCUACCUGACCAAACACCUGCCGCCGUCGCCGAUGCUGCUGCUGCUGCUGCUGCUGCCGCUGCCGCCGCUGCCGCUGCUGCUAGUAACUCUGACGUGGGAGACUCAGAGGUGGUCGGGCGGCCUCUUUUGGAAGUAUCUGCGGAAACAGUGCUGGGUGUCGACCGGGUGCACAUGGUAGAGUUUGGGCACGAGCUGGCGGCGGCAGUUGUGGCACGGCAUUUGGUGUCCUCUCUGCUGGCUCUUACCCCUCAUGACAUCAACCUGUACCUAGAAGAAGAGCAGCAAAGAGAGCAAAGGCAGUCCGGUCAACAACAGCAGCAGCAGGCUUGGACACACAUAAAGCCAGAGCGAGGGCAGUGCUUCACCACCAACUGGGGGGACUACCGGCAGAGGCACCGGUGCCCCAAGCUUGUUGCCAUGAACGGGCAGGUCUCCUUGAAAUCCCGCCAGCCUGGGUGGGUGCUGUACCCCUUAUCGCGCGAUAAAGAAGCUUUUAUGUCGCACGUCCCCAACGCUACAGUGACUUUUGCGGCUAAUGUGAAUCUACGAGCCGGAGGAAGGCUGGCUUUUCUGUUCCUGAAGGCGCAGGAUCUCGGGCCUGGGCUUGUACGCGUAGCGUGGGGGGGUGAGGGUGGGAAAGGUGGGGGGGAAGGUGGGGCGAUUGGACCGAUUUUGUUGAACUCAGAGGCAUGGAGAUCGCCUACAAGGGUUGUGGGCGGGCAGGUGUUGCCAGGGAUAGUGCCAAGAGGGAAGGUGGAGGUUUCAGUGAUAGUGGUUCCCAGUGGUGGGAAUGGAGCUCCCGAGGGGUUUGGUGUAAUUGGCGUAUUUGUGUUGUCAGGGCUGCUUCCAGAAUCCAUGUUUUUAUGA